UUUAUUAUCUUAGAUUAACUAUUUAAAUCAUAGAGGGAGUUAAUGUUUGAUUUGUUUAACCAUGGAAGAGCUACGAGCAAAGCUUGUGGCAAAAUCAGAAGUAAUUCAACCUAAAACUUUGAGUUGUACUCAUCCUUUAUUUAACCAGAAUAACAAGGGUCGUCAGUUUACUAAAUGUUUUAACCCAUUGCCUCAUUUAAAGCUAUAUCAAGAAAAACAGAGAGAAAAUACAAAUAAUGUUAAGCAUAAUACAGAUUUUGAGUUAAAAUGGAAGCAAUUAAAGCGAAAAACUUCACUUGAACCUUUAAAAAAACAUUCAAUAACUUCUCUUCCAGAGCUUCCAGAUGAUUUUAAGAAGCGCCAAAAAGAGAUUGAUCAUUCUGCUGGAAUAAAAGUUGAAUAUUUUUCUGGCUCAUUGGUAAAGAAAGAUUUAGUAAAUAAAUAUCAUUACAACAAUCAAUUUUAUUUGGAUCCUUUCAAUUUGGAAAAAAUUCUGAAUCUGGUAAAAACCCAUCCAAACAAUGGUUUUGUCUACAUGAUAGUUGAUUCAACACAAGCACCUACUAGCUCUAAUCCAUAUAGUCUUAAAGUUGUAACAUAUGCAGAGAUUAACCCUUCUAACUAUUUCACUAUUAGUAAACAUGGUGUUAUGCAUAUAACUGUAGAAGACUCUGAAUUUACGCCACUUAGUCAAUGGGAAAAAGAUUUGUAUCACCAUUCUCAACUAAUGAAAAUAAAGCUUUUUGCUAAUUUUCGUCUUUGGAAAUCAUUUUUUCUCUGGCAUAAAAUAUUGCAAAUCAGAAAGCAAAUUUUGGCAAAGAAACGUUUAAAUUCUCGACUAUUUACAGCAAAUUUGUCCCUUGGAUCAGCGCUAUUAAGCUUGCGUGAUAUGUGCUUACGAAUUAGUGAUAUGGGAUUGUUUUGGUUUGUAAAAGAUAAUACUUACACAUUGGAAGAAUUCAAGAUUAUACAAAAUCUUCAACAUAAGAAGAUAGAACAGAGUUUAUGUGAGUUUCGAAGUUUAGCAAAAGAUAUUAUUGGUGCUGCAUGUCGAACAAAUCUUUUGGAGGCUGGAUUUGUUCCUGAUGAUCUUCAUGAUUUCCAAGAAAUGUUUUCUAACAAUAAUUUUGAGAUGUAUGAGGACAUAGAAAAUGUUUCUUAUACAGAACAAUCAAAUAAACGUAAGCAUUGUCAUCGAUUAACAAGAUUUAUUCUUUUAGCAGAUUAUGUAAUUACCAAUGCACUUCAAAAUCUAGUUUCUAAAUCUGUUAGCUGUCUUCUUGACUAUUUCACAGAACAGUUGCAAUAUUUAUCAACUGAUUUAAAUAUUUCACAGAAGGAAGAAGCUAAUCUUCAUCCACAUUUCAAGAUUGAGUUGUUAAUUAAUACUGAAUCACUUUUCUUCAAUCCCAGUGCUGAAGAUUUUUCAUUACAGAUUAUGCAGAUUACUGACUCUUUUAAAGAUACCGCAUUGAGUGUAAAAAAUCUACUUCCAGAUUCAUUUUUUGAUGCAUUUACAAGACCAGUAAUAAAUGGCAAAAUAGAAGAGAAAACAAGUUGGCAAGGUCCUAGUCUUCUUCAUAUAUUCGAAGAUGAUGUAUAUCUAAAGGAUACUUUGAAAAAGAUUAUGGAAGCACUCAAUAAAAGUUUUGUUGCAGCAAAAAACUAUGCAUCCAAGUUUAAGAAUUAUCUUGAGUUCUACUCUGAAAAUGAAGCUACUAAUUUAAAAUUGCUUUAUGAAAAAGAACUUGAUGUGGCUUACUUUUCCUCCGCUCUUUUAAAGUACACAGAGCAGUUUAACUUAUGUAAACUUAUUAGAGAGACAAUUAAUAUUGGAAUGUUGCUGGUUGAUACAAAGAAGCUAAAGGAGAUUCUUAUUCCAUCACCUACAAUGUGUUUACAGGUGUUGUAUGAUCUCUUACCCAGUAUUUCAAAAAAAAGAGUAGAUGAUCUUAUACAGUUUUGUCAAAAGUCUUUAUAUAAUUUGGAAUUUAAACCAAGUAGCACUCUUGAGUUUGUUGAUAGUUUGAAUUUUCUUGAUGAUAUACAGAACAUUAUUGAUGAGAAAGAAAAAGAUUCAGAUACUGUCAAACAGUUAUAUGAUUUAAUUGAAAAAUACUCUAUACCUAUACCUCCAGAAAAUUUAGCUGUUUAUCAGACAUUGAAACCUAGUAUGGUGGUUGUUCGAAAUACUAUUGACAAGUCAUUGGCUGAAAGGGAUGCAAAUAUAAAUAAAUUCUGUGCUUGUCUAAACAAAGAUAUACUUCAAUUAACAAAAGAGGUCCGACAGGUUAAACAAGAAGCUCAGAACCCACAAAUUUUGGAUCCAAACUCAACUGCUUCAAAUGUGAAUGAAAUUAUAUCAAGCUUAGCUGCCAAAAUGGAGAACAUUCAACAGUUAGCAAUGAAAUACAAAGGUUAUCAAAAAAAUUUUAAAGUAGAAGUAACAAGAUUUGAAGAACUUGAUGAAGUAUAUUCUGACAUUAAGUUGAAGCAGUUACUUUGGAGUUGUUCACAAGACUGGGAUGCUUUAUUUACUAAGUGGAUGGGAACCUCCUUUACAGACUUAAACCCAGAAGAUUUAAGUACAAGUGUUAUAAAAUAUGCAAAAGCAGUGUUGCAACUUGAAAAAGGUUUGCCCUCUAAUGCAAUUGUUCCUAUUUUAAAAGAAAAAGUUGAAGGGAUGAGAGCUAAGCUCCCAAUGAUUACGGAUCUGCGCAAUCCUGCAUUGAAAGCUAGACAUUGGGAAGUUAUAGAAACAAUUCUUGGACACAAGUUUGCACCUGAUUCAGUUUUUGAUUUAAAACUCCUUGAAGAAAUUGAUGCAUUUAAAAAAAUUGAAGAAAUAAAAGAAGUAGCUUCACAAGCAUCAAGUGAAGCAUCACUUGAAAUGAUUCUCAAAAAGGUUGAAGACUCAUGGAAAUCAACUGAGUUUACUGUACUACUACACCGAGAUUCAAAAGACGUCUUUAUUCUUGGUGGGAUUGAUGAAAUACAAGCAACACUUGAUGAUAGUCAAGUAAACAUUGCAACUAUUGCAAGCUCUCGUUAUGUAGCUCCCAUUAAAGGAAAAGUUGAUGAAUGGGCAAAACAGCUAAAUCUAUUCAGUCAAACACUUGAUGAGUGGAUGACUUGCCAGCAAAACUGGCUUUAUCUGGAAUCAAUAUUUAGUGCACCAGAUAUUCAACGGCAGUUACCAACUGAAGCUAAAAUGUUUAUGCAAGUUGAUAAAUCUUGGAAAGAAAUUAUGAGAAAAGUAAAUCGCUUACCAAAUGCUCUCAGAGCUGCUACACAACCUGGCUUGUUGAAAGUAUUUCAGCAAAACAACAGUCUGCUUGAUCAGAUUCAGAAGUGUUUAGAGGCAUAUUUAGAAUCAAAAUGUAUGGUUUUUCCAAGAUUUUUUUUCUUGUCAAAUGAUGAACUUUUGGAAAUACUUUCACAAACAAGAAACCCACAUGCGGUACAACCCCAUUUACAAAAAUGCUUCGACGCAAUAUCUAAGCUUGAAUUUGGAACAUCUGUUCAGCAGUCCUCUGGUACACCUGAGAGACCAUCUUCUGGUAGUAGUAAUACCAAGAGUAAUGAUAUACUUGCAAUGAUUUCUCCUGAAGGAGAGACAGUUUCUCUUACAAAGGGUUUAAAAGCUCGUGGAAAUGUAGAAGAUUGGCUUGGCAAGGUAGAAGAAGCCAUGGUUAAUUCACUUAGAAAAUUAACAAAAUCAUCUAUAUUAGACUAUGAAACUAAGCCAAGGGAAAAAUGGAUCUAUAAUUAUUGCAGUCAGGUUGUUUUGACUGUUUCUCAAAUUAUGUGGUGCACAGAAGUAUCUAGUUUGUUCAAAGAAAACACAAUAGAAGCAAUGCAGCAGUUUGAAAGAAAAUCUUUCAGCAACUUGAAUAAACUUGCUGCUUUAGUCCGUGGUCAGCUUUCAAAACUAAUCAGAAGUACACUUUGUGCUUUGAUUACAAUAGAUGUACACGCAAGAGAUAUCAUUAGUGGCUUAAUAGAAAAAGAGGUGGACAAUGAAGCUAGUUUUGAGUGGAUAAAACAGCUUCGUUAUUAUUGGGACAGUGACAUUGAUAAUUGUAUUGUUCGUAUGUCUAACUCAAUGUAUGUUUAUGGUUAUGAGUAUUUAGGGGCAUCUCCACGUUUGGUAAUUACACCUUUAACAGACCGUUGUUAUCUUUGUCUUAUGGGUGCAUUGCAGUUAGAUCUUGGUGGUGCUCCUGCUGGUCCUGCAGGGACUGGAAAGACAGAAACAACUAAAGACUUAGCAAAAGCACUAGCCAAGCAAUGCGUUGUAUUUAACUGUUCGGAAGGUCUUGAUUAUAAAAUGAUGGGGAAGUUCUUCUCUGGACUUGCUACUUCAGGAGCAUGGUCCUGCUUUGAUGAGUUUAAUAGAAUAGAUAUUGAAGUGCUUUCUGUUAUAGCACAACAACUCCUAACCAUAAGGAAUGCAAAAUUAGCUAAACAAAAUCUUUUCAUGUUUGAAGGCAGAGAAAUAAAACUUGUACCUACUUGUGCAGCAUUUAUUACAAUGAAUCCUGGUUAUGCUGGUAGAACUGAACUUCCAGAUAAUUUAAAGGCGUUGUUCAGACCUAUGUCAAUGAUGGUACCAGAUUAUGGUUUGAUUGCUGAAGUUAUACUGUACUCUGAAGGUUUUGAAUCUUCUAAAGUUUUAGCUAGAAAAAUGGUUAACAUGUAUAGACUGUGUUCAGAGCAACUUUCUCAACAAGGCCAUUAUGAUUUUGGAAUGCGAGCUGUUAAGUCUGUACUAGUAAUGGCUGGAGCAUUAAAAAGAAGUAAUCCUGAUCUAAAUGAAAAUGUAGUGCUCAUAAGAGCUUUAAGAGAUAGUAAUUUGCCCAAAUUUUUAGUAGCUGAUGCUGUUUUGUUUACAGCUAUUCUUCAAGACUUGUUUCCUGGGGUUGAAAUUCCAAGCAACAACUAUGGGAAGUUGCAACUUGCAAUUGAGGAAUCUUAUGCAAUUAAUAAACUCCAAGUUAUUCCUGCAAUGGUGGCAAAAACAAUUCAAUUAUAUGAGACAUUGUUAGUGCGUCAUGGUGUUAUGUGUGUUGGUCCUGCUGGAGGCGGAAAAACAACAAGUUAUCAAGUUCUUCAAAAUGCCCUUACAAAGCUUUAUACAGAAAAUAAUUUAGAUUCAUUUUACCUGCCUGUUCACACUUAUGUUCUUAAUCCCAAGUCCAUAUCUAUUGGUGAGCUGUAUGGAGAAUUUAAUAAACUUACAAUGGAGUGGAAAGAUGGUCUUAUGGGUUUGACUGUUCGACAUUGUGUUCAGGAUACUUCUAAAGACCAUAAAUGGAUUGUUUGUGAUGGUCCAGUCGAUGCUCUAUGGAUAGAAAACAUGAAUACUGUACUGGAUGAUAACAAGAUGCUGUGUUUGGCAAACUCUGAGCGAAUUAAAUUAAACAGUUCAAUACAUAUGUUAUUUGAAGUACAAGAUCUUGCAGCUGCUUCUCCUGCAACAGUUAGCAGAUGUGGAAUGGUGUAUUAUGACCCAAUGAAUUUGGGAUGGAGACCAUAUGUUAAAUCAUGGCUGAAAAGAGUUAGCAGUCAUUUAAAACAGGAAUUUCAAGAUUACAUAAUGACUCUCUUUGAAAAUUAUAUUGAUGAAGGAUUGAGGUUUGUUUCAAAGAACUGUAUACAAGCCAUUCCACAGGUUGAUAAUAGUAAAGUUUCUACUCUAUGUGCUUUGCUUGAGAGUAUGUUGCUAUUGAAGACUUCAGAAAAUGACAGCAGUAAUGAUGUGGCAAAAUUACAAUCGUUAAUAUCCAGUGUUUUUGUUUUUUGUUAUGUAUGGUCUAUAGGAGGAAAUUUAAUUGAAUCAAGUCAAGACAUUUUUGAUUCAUUUGUGCGGGAAUUGUUUGCAGAGAACCAUGAUCUUAGGAUGCCAUCUUCUGGUGACAUGUACAGCUACUAUAUUGAUUUGGAGUUAAAACGUUUUGAACCAUGGGAAAAAAUUAUUCCUGCAUUUAAAUACAAUCCUGAGACUCCAUAUUUUGAUAUACUCGUACCAACUGCAGACACAGUUCGAUUUGGCUUCCUUAUGGAGAAACUAUUGUCAGUCAAUCAUUCUGUACUUUUUACUGGCACCACAGGUGUAGGAAAGUCAGUUAUUGCUAAAGGAAUCUUGAGUAAUAUAAAAGAAAAAGCCAACUAUGUUCCAGUUUUUAUAAAUUUUUCUGCUCAAACAAGUAGUUUUCGUACUCAAGAAAUGGUGGAAUUAAAACUUGAAAAAAAGCGCAAAAAUAUUUUGGGUGCACCACCAGGAAAGCGCAUUAUUGUUUUUGUUGAUGAUUUGAACAUGCCAAAACUUGACAUGUUUGGUUGCCAACCUCCAAUAGAGUUGUUGAGGCAAUAUCAAGACUUUGGUGGUUUUUAUGACAGAGAAAAACUUUUUUGGAAAGAGCUACAAGAAGUAACAAUUUGUGCAGCAUGUGCGCCUCCUGGAGGUGGAAGAAAUCCAGUCUCUCCACGUUUUAUUCGUCAUUUUGGUUUGUUGUGUAUUCCAACUGCUACAAAUACUACACUCAAACAUAUUUUUAAGUCAAUACUGAAAGGUUUUUUAGUGGAUUUUCCUGUUGCAGUCAGAGAUAUGGCAGAAAAUAUUGUUGCAGCAAGUGUGGAAAUUUACAGCAGGAUGAGCACAGAUCUUCGUCCUACGCCAGCUAAAUCGCAUUAUAUUUUUAAUCUUAGAGAUUUAUCAAAAUGUAUUCAAGGUAUCUUACAAGCUGAUUUAGGAAUAAUAAGAGAAAAAGAUCAAAUGCUUCGUUUGUUUAUCCACGAAUCACAACGAGUGUUCCAUGAUCGUCUAAUAAACAAUGAAGACAAGAGCUAUUUUAAUGAAAUACUUAAGGAUAUAACUCACACAAAUUUUUCUAUUUCAUUAAAUAUUGAAGAACUUGAAAGCAAACCAAUCAUUUUUGGUGAUUUUAUGAGAGCUGGAGAUAAUCGUGUUUAUGAAGAUUUACUUGAUAUAAAUAAAGUUAAGAAUGUUCUCAAAGAUUACUUGGAUGACUACAAUAUGUCAUCUCCUAAAGAAAUGAAGUUGGUGUUCUUCCUUAAUGCCAUUAACCAUGUUUCUAGAAUAUCUCGUAUGGUACGCCAACCUCGUGGUAAUGCACUUUUAGUUGGUGUUGGUGGCACAGGAAAACAAAGUCUCACUAAAUUAGCAUGUCAUAUGUCAAGUUAUUAUUGCUUUCAAAUUGAAUUAACGCGAGGAUAUGAUUACUCUGCAUUCAGAAAUGACUUGAAACGUUUAUAUCAACAGGCUGGUGUAAAAAGAGAAAAUACUGUAUUUUUAUUCACUGAUACACAAAUAAUUGUUGAAGAAUUUCUUGAAGAUAUCAAUAACAUUCUUAACUCCGGAGAGGUUCCCAAUUUAUUUGAGCCUGAAGAGUACGAGCAGGUGAUUAUUGAGACUAGACCUCAUGCUAAAGAAGCUGGAAUUCCUGAAAAUGCCAGAGAUGCCAUUUUUGCUCAUUUUAUUAACCAAGUACGAAAUAAUCUACAUAUUGUGCUCUGUAUGAGUCCUGUUGGCGAAGCAUUUAGAAAAAGAUGUCGCAUGUUUCCUUCAUUAGUUAAUUGCUGCACCAUUGAUUGGUUUACAGAAUGGCCUAGAGAGGCUUUGCUAAGUGUAUCUACAAGUUUUUUUGAAGAAGUGGAGCUAGGAAAUCAAGAUAUCAAAAAAGGCAUUUGUGAAAUGUGUGUUGAAAUACAUUCAAGUGUCAGUUUGACUGCUAGUCGUUUCUAUAAAGAAUUAAAGCGUCACUAUUAUACAACACCCACAAGUUAUCUUGAGCUAAUCACAUUGUACUUGACAAUGUUAGAUGAGAAAAGAAAACAGUUGGUUGGAGCAAGAGAUCGAGUAAAGAAUGGACUAAAGAAAUUAUUGGAGACUAAUAAAGUUGUUGACAGUAUGCAGGUCGAGCUAGUAGCAUUAGAACCGGAGCUCAAGCAAAAAUCUCUUGAUACUGAAAAACUUAUGGAAAGAUUAAAAGUUGAUCAACUGGAAGCAGACAAGGUUCGAGAUAUCGUGAUGGCUGAUGAAAUAGUUGCAAGUAAAAAAGCUAAAGAGACUGAAGCCAUAGCAUCAGAUGCUCAAAAAGAUUUAAAUGAAGCAUUACCAGCAUUAGAAGCUGCCAACAAAGCACUAGAUUCACUAGAUAAAGCAGACAUAUCUGAACUUCGUGUGUUUACGAAUCCUCCAGAAAUGGUUAUGACUGUAAUGGAAUCUGUUUGUAUUUUGCUAGGAGCAAAACCAGAUUGGGCAACUGCAAAGAUUCUUCUUGGUGAUCCGAACUUUCUGAAAAGAUUAAUCGACUUUGACAAGGACAAUAUCCCUGAUUCAGCUUUAAAAAAGCUUAAAAAGUAUAUUGAAAAUCCAAAGUUUUUACCUGAAAUUGCAGAAAAGUCAUCAAAGGUGUGUUGGAUUUUUUGGGCUUGUAAAUCUAUGUGUCUCUGGGCACGUGCUUGUGAUUUAUAUGCAUCUGUUGUACGCACUGUAGAACCAAAAAGGCGAAGACUUGCCACUGCCCAGUUAGAAUUGGAUACUGUAAUGAGUGUACUUAAAGAGAAGCAAGGAAAACUUGCUGCUGUUGAAGCUAAAAUAACUGCUUUAAAAGAAUCUUAUAGCCAAAGCAUAGAGGAAAAAGAUCACCUGACAAAAAAUAUUGCUCAAACUGCUUCUCGGUUAAAACAAGCCUCAAAACUUACUGCAGCUCUUGCUGAAGAGCAAGUUCGAUGGACAGAAAAUAUUGCAGUUUUUACUGCAGAUAUUGAAAAUAUUGUUGGCAAUGUAUUUGUUGCAGCAGCUUGUGUUGCAUAUUUUGGUGCAUUUACCAGCAUGUACAGACAGGAGUUAGUUUCUUUAUGGGUUUCUCAAUGCAAAGCUCUUGGAAUUCCUGUUUCUGAUAAAUACAGUUUUAUACAUGUUUCCUCCAAUCCGUUUGAGAUUCGCAAGUGGAAUUCAGAGGGUCUACCAUCAGAUAAUCUGUCAACAGAAAAUGCAAUACUUGUCACUAGAGCUCGUCGAUGGCCACUUAUGAUUGAUCCACAAGACCAAGCUAACAGAUGGGUGCGAUUCAAAGAAGCAAAGAAUGGACUGAAAAUCAUUAAACUUACUGACAAUAAUUUUUUAAGAACUCUUGAAAAUUGCAUUCGAAUUGGAAUGCCUGUGCUGCUUGAAGAAGUUGGUGAAAAUUUAGAUCCAGCUCUUGAGCCUGUUUUACUUAAACAAACAUUUGUAUCUGGUGGACGAUUACUUAUACGGCUCGGAGAUUCAGAUAUUGAUUAUAAUAAAAACUUUCGCUUUUACAUGACUACAAAACUAUCUAAUCCACAUUAUUUACCUGAUGUUUGCAUCAAGGUUACAAUCAUUAAUUUUACAGUGACAAAGACUGGUCUUGAAGAUCAACUUCUUGGUGAUGUGGUACGUUUGGAAAGACCUGAUCUCGAAAAUCAAAGAAACCAAUUAAUAAUUCGAAUUAAUGCAGAUAAAAAUCAACUUCAUGCAAUUGAAGAUCGAAUUUUAAAACUGCUUUUUAAUUCAGAAGGAAAUAUAUUAGAUGAUGAGCUGCUUAUCAAUACACUCAAUGAGUCAAAGAAUACAUCUGGUGUUAUUAAAAGUCGACUAAUGGAAACUGAAAAAACAGAAGAACAGAUAACAGCAGCUCGAGAAAAAUAUAGAUCUGUAGCAACACGUGGUUCAGUUUUAUAUUUUGUUGUGGCAUCUCUUUCUGAAAUUGACCCUAUGUACCAGUUUUCAUUAAAAUAUUUUACGCAACUAUUUAAUACUUGUGUUGAAAAUGCUCCCAAAGCAGACACUUUAGAGCAAAGGCUACAGAUAUUGUUAGGAAAAUGCACAGCUACUAUAUAUGCUAAUAUAGCUAGAGGUUUAUUUGAAAAAGACAAACUUGUUUUCUCCUUUAUGAUAUGUGUUGAAAUAAUGCGUCAAGCAAAACUUAUUAGCGACUUGGAGUGGAAUUUUUUCCUUCGUGGUGGAAUAACUACUACAAAUACCUGCAAACCUAGCAACUCACAAAUAUCUGAUCAAGAUUGGAAUAUGUGCUGUCUUCUUGAGAGCAUUAUUCCUGCUUUUAAAGGUUUAAAAAACACUAUGAUAACAAGACCAAUCCAGUGUGUUGUUGGUAACCUGAAGGUUAAUAUAUGUUCAGAAAAUUCGGAAUAUUAUUCAGAUGAAAUUCAAGAAAUACUUUUAAUUGAGAAAUUAACUCCAUUUCAACAUCUCAUUUUAAUCAAAUGUUUUCAAGAAGAGAAAGUUGUUUUUGCAGUUAUAGAAUUUGUAGCUUCAUAUCUCGGAAAUGAAUUUGUUGAAAGUCCUCCUAUAGACUUAAAAAUAUUAUAUCAAGAUAUGUCUUCUAAAAUACCUUUAGUAUAUAUUCUCUCUUCAGGAUCUGAUCCAAUGAACAGCUUUUCACGAUUUUGCAAGGAAAUGAAUCAAUCAGAUAAAGUCCAUUCCAUAUCAUUAGGACAAGGACAAGGUCCUGUUGCAGAGAAGCUGAUUAUAAAUGCUGCAAGAAAUGGGGAGUGGGUAUUUUUACAAAAUUGUCACCUUGCUGCAUCAUGGAUGAUUCCAAUGGAAAACAUCAUUAAAGAUUUGUUUAAUGACAAUUCUGUUCAUGACGAUUUUCGUUUGUUUUUAAGUUCAAUGCCUGCUAAAUGUUUUCCUGUAGCUGUGCUGCAGAACAGUAUCAAAGUAACAAAUGAACCGCCUAAAGGCCUUCGGGCUAAUAUUCGUCGUGCAUUUGGUGAAAUUUCUCCAGAGAGUUUUGAAACUCACAUUCUUGGUUUGACUUGGAGAAAACUUGUGUUUGGAUUGUGUUUUUUUCAUGGAAUUAUACAAGAACGAAAGAAGUUUGGUCCUUUAGGUUGGAAUAUAAAGUACGAGUUUAAUGAUUCAGACCGUUCAUGUUCUUUGGAAAAUUUGUCUUUAUUUUUAAGCAAUGGAAAAAUUCCUUGGGAAGCACUUACAUUUAUUACAGGCCAGAUUACAUAUGGUGGUAGAGUUACAGAUGAAUGGGAUCAGCGCUGUCUGACAACUAUUCUCAAAAGAUUUUUUUCGCCUCGUACUUUGGAAAAGGAAUAUAAAUACUCACCCUCUGGUGUAUAUUAUGCACCUGAUUACAACUUGUUACAAGAUUAUCGUUCUUAUAUAGAAAAUCUUCCUCUUAAUGACGAACCUGAAAUAUUUGGCAUGCAUAAAAAUGCAAACAUAGCUUUUCAGAUACAAGAAACACAAUUAUUGAUUCAAAGCAUCUUGGAAGUUCAACCAAGAAUGACAGCAGGAGAAAGUGGCAAAACAAGUGAUGAAAUAGUUUAUGAGCUAUCUGAGAGUAUUCUCCAGAAGCUUCCUGAUAAAUUAGAUAUGGAAAAAAUGUUAAAAAGCUUAUUGACUCUUGAUAGUAAAGGUAGAGUAAAUUCAUUGACAAUAGUCCUUGGUCAAGAAGUUGAUAGAUUUAAUAAUUUACUACGAGUUAUUAAGGAUUCAUUGCAAAAAAUGCAGCUUGCUAUAAAAGGUCUGGCUGUCAUGUCACUUGAACUGGAUCAUGUUUUCAGCAGUUUUCUGGACAAUCAAGUUCCUUCUCUCUGGGCUAAUGCUGCUUAUCCAUCCCUUAAAAGUUUAGGUCCAUGGGUUAAAGAUUUAAUGCUUCGCAUAAAAUUUAUAGAUAGAUGGAUUGAAACUGGUGUUCCAAAGUCGUUUUGGUUAUCUGGAUUCUUUUUUCCUCAGGGAUUUUUAACUGGUGCGCUUCAGAAUCAUGCAAGAAAAUAUAACCAACCAAUUGAUCAGCUAACUUUUAAUUUUCAUGUGCAGAAUGUUUACUUUCCACAUGAAGAUGUAUUUUCUACAGAGGUAGCUGAUACAAGUAAUGUAAUAGAAUCACCAGAAGAUGGCGUCUUAGUGCAUGGGUUGUUUCUUGAAGCAGCAAGGUGGGAUGAUGAGCGCAUGAUGAUUGGUGAUGCUAUUUUGGGUGAAAUGAGUUCUCCUUUUCCAAUACUUCAUAUGAAACCUUGUAUAAAUCUUGUUCAUGAAAAGACAAAGUAUGUUUGCCCACUUUACAAGACCACCCAACGUGCUGGUGUUUUAUCUACAACAGGUCACUCGACGAAUUUUGUUAUUGCUGUUUACUUACCAACCGAUAAAAAGCAAGAUUACUGGAUAUCAAAAGCAACUGCGUUGUUAUGUCAGUUAAACGAGUAGUUUUUUGAUUUUUAUUGUAAUUAAAAAUGUAGUUUUCAUACGUGUUGUAAUUUUUUUAAUGCUGACUUUUUCUCCUGCAAUAUUUAUAUACCUUAAACAUGUUUUUAAUU